AUGAUAAUUAGUCGUGCGAUUAACAACCAUUCACCCGUUUAUUGCAAACUACCCCGAAAGCCCAUCAAUGUAUUAUUCACAAAGCAAAGAAGGAAGUACAAGAAGAAAAGAUGGCUUCAUUACUUCCUCUUCUUCUACUCAAACUACCAAUCCCAUUCAGUACUCAAGACAAACCUACAAGACAUCAAAUCCCAUUCCCAACCACACCUUCCCCUCAAGACCCAUUAUUUCUCUCAGAUAAUUGACCUAUUCAAUUUAAACACCAAGAGCUGCAAGAAUUUCAACCAGAAGUACCUCAUAAAUGCCAAAAAUUGGCAAUGCAGUGGCCCGAUAUUUGUGUGGACAGGGAAUGAAGGGGCCAUUGAGGAGCUUGCUGCCAGGACCGGGUGCUUGCUCGACAUCACUCCUCUGAUCACAUUAGCUGAUUAUGCAGUCCCCAUCAGGAGCCUAAAGCAGAAUCUGACCUCCGAGGAUUCUCCUGUCGUGGUCUUCGGUGGCUCUUAUGGAGGAAGGCUUCCAGCAUGGUUCCCACUCAAGUUCCCGUACAUUAAAAUUGGAGCUUUGGCUUGUUCGGCCCCUAUAUUGCAGCUUGAUAACAUUGUCCCAUUGUCCAGAUUCUUUGAUGCCAUCUCCGAAGAUUUUAAGGUCUCUCUAGCUGCUCAAUUUUCGUGCUCAGGAAGAUGGUUUAGCUGGACUAAGCAGAACUUUCAGGAUUUGCAAGAUUUCUCAAUUUGGCGUGUACAUUGCGCCUCGGCCUCGUGGAUCACCACUGAUUUUGGCAGGGAAAGAAUAGACAAAGUGCUUGUGAGAUUUGCCAACAACAUUAUAUUCUCCAACGGGAUGCAAAAUCCAUGGAGCAGAGGAAGUGUGCUGGAGAACGUAACAGAUAGCAUCGUUGCCUUUGCUACAGAAAAAUGGGCUCACCACACUGAUCUUCGUUCGGCGACAAAGGAUGAUCCAGAUUGGCUUAUUGAGCAGAGCAGGGAAGAAGUUGAGAUUAUUCAGGGUUGGAUCAAUCGGUAUUAUGCGGAUCAUAAAAAGGAGAACCAAUUCUGAGCCAAGAGGACAGAAAGAAAGAACAAGUAAAGAAAUCGACGUAUCGAAUUUGCUUUCACUGCUUUGAGUUUGAUCUUGUUCUAACUACCUUCACAUCAAUAAAUUUGCAACUGUAAGAAUAUUUAAUAUCCAAACUUGGUAUCUGCAAGAGGAGCAUCAAAAUCAAGACCUCGAGUAAAUUUCAUGGAAUCUAGGAUUCUCUACAAAUUCAUGGAAUUUCUACCUAUUUCCGUGCAAAUACAGCAUUGCUCUUGUAAUUUGCACGAUUGAGGUAGUUUUGGGGAUUAACGGGAGUUCCAGGGACACCAACAUUCCGGGACUUUUCAUCUUGCCCGAGCAUUUUAGAAUGUUUAUGCUAUCCAGUGAAGUUAGAUCUGGCCUCUGCUAUUCCAGCGAAACUAGAUCUGGCAUCUGCUAUUCCAGUGAAAUUAUGUUCAUUUCACUGGACGAUCUCUGUUGAGAGUCACAGAAAAAGAGAAAUGAAAUCCCACAACGAUUGGAGAACACAAAAUCCAUGGGUUAAUAAGGUUUUCUUAUUGGAGAUGAGCCCAAAUCCAUAUAAACUCAAUGGAAAUUUAACAAUUUUCGAAGUAGAAAUAAGCUCAGUUUGUGAUCUGGAAUAUAUUCGAGUAGCUUCAAAGGGAAGAGAACUGCAUGCCGAAUCAGUUACUUAGUAGCUCUUUACGGGGGCUGGCAUAGAAGAGUUUCAGGUGAUGGAUAUGCAUAGACGUUGUCAAUCAAAUCGCUCGCCCGAAACCUCGAGAGGAUAUAUUUUCGA